UUAUUAAAUGGACUCCAAUUUUUUGGUAUAAACUAGAGUUUGAAACUGGUUUGGCACGAGACACGAUUUACCUAAGAUAAAUUAAUAUCGUAGUGGUGCACGAUUUAUCUCAACAUUGGGGAAUAUAUGAAUAAUUGAAUAUAUGUGUUUAUAAUAAAAAGAUCAAGAACGAAGCUAUUGACUACAAGUAAUACUGUAUGAGCAAAACAAAAACCUCAAUAAAUGAUCAAGAUGUCGCGUAUUUGGAGCCAUCUGGGGGAAGUUCCUUAUACGUUUUAACCUCUAACACUUGCGCAGUUAUAGAGAUCAUUAGAGAGAAGAGACACACAGAGUCGAUGGAGAAAUCCGGUUAUGGCAACGACGGAAUAUUCCGUUCCCUCCGGCAACCGCUAGUCAGCCCAGCGGACCCCAACACAACAAUGAUUCCCUUUCUCUUCCGCAACGUUUCAUCUUACCCAAACAAACCUGCCUUAUACGACGCCGACUCCGGUGACACCCUCACUUUCACCCAGUUCAAAACCACCGUCGCCAAGCUCUCUCACGCCUUAAACAACCACCUUGGUAUCACCAAGAACGAUGUCGUUCUCAUAUUUGCCCCCAGUUCAAUCCAAUACCCUAUCUGCUCAUACUCAAUCAUCGCUCUUGGCGCCAUUGUCACCACCGUCAAUCCUGAAUAUACCAUCAGAGAGUUAUCCAAACAAGUUGAAGACUCUAAACCCAAACUCAUCAUCACCGUUCAAGAACUGUACCAAAAAGUUGAAAACUUCGGACUCCCGGUUGUGUUUUUAGGAUCAAAAAGUUCAAGAAACGGGUGUUUUUCAUAUAAAGAUUUGAUUUCAAAAUAUGGGUCAGUCUCAGAACUACCUAAAGUUUCGAUUCGUGGAGAUGAUACUGCGGCCUUAUUGUACUCUUCUGGGACAACCGGUGUUAGUAAGGGUGUAUUUUUGAGCCACAAGAACUUCAUCGCAACUUCACAGAUGAUGACUUCGGAUCAAAGAUCAAUGGGGGAGAAAGAUUAUGUACACUUAUGUUUCUUGCCCAUGUUUCAUAUUUUUGGAUUUGCGGUUAUACUAUAUGCUCAAUUACAAGAAGGGAAUACGGUUGUAUCAAUAGGAAAGUUUAGUUUUGAAGCGGUUUUAAAGAACAUACAGAAAUAUAGAGUUACACAUUUAUGGGCUGUUCCACCAGUUAUACUUGCUUUAACUAAACAAGAUGUAGUUAAGAAGUUUGACUUGUCGUCAUUGAAGCUAAUCAUUUCGGGUGCUGCACCAUUGGGUAAAGAACUGAUAGACGAGUGUGCCAAAAAGUUCCCACAUGUUUUGGUUCUUCAGGGAUAUGGUAUGACUGAAACGACAGCAUCCACCUCACUCGGUAGUCCAAUUAUGGGCCAUCAACACUCUGGUUCAACUGGGACGCUUUUACCUGGAAUCGAAGCUCAAAUAGUUUGUGUAGAUACCAAUAAACCUCUUCCUCCGAAUCAAACUGGUGAAAUAUGGGUUCGAGGAGCUUGCAUGAUGCGAGGCUAUCUCAAUAAACCUGACGCCACGAAGCUUACGAUCGAUAAAAAUGGUUUCGUACAUACUGGUGAUCUCGGAUAUUUUGAUGAUGAAGGUCAAUUAUUCGUGGUUGAUAGACUUAAGGAACUCAUUAAAUAUAAAGGGUUUCAGGUUGCACCAGCAGAGCUUGAAGCACUUUUGCUUUCGCAUUCUGAAAUACUAGAUGCUGCAGUAAUCCCGUUUCCAGAUGCUGAAGCUGGUGAAAUCCCUAUUGCGUUUGUGGUGCAGUCAUCAAACAGCUGUUUGUCCGAAGAAGAUGUCAAGAGAUUCAUCAAUGAGCAGGUUGCACCUUAUAAACGGUUGAGGCGAGUGAUAUUUGUGAACAACAUUCCCAAAUCGGCUUCCGGGAAAUUACUCAGGCGUUUACUUGUUGAACAAUUUCGAUCCAGGAUGUAACAGAUUUCAUAUAUAUGAAUUUGGAAGUUCUUGUGAUAUUGUUUUCAAUUUAAAAAAACUGUUGAUGUGGUGUAAAAAGAAGACUUGUACUAUUUUAUUUAGAUAUUGUCGAAAUGAAUCGUUAAUAAAACAUAUUGGAUUAAAAAUUCUACCAAUAAGAGUUCUUAGUAGUUUACUCAAUCACUUUGUAAAAAGUUUUAUGUAAUAGACAAAGGGUGUGCUACUAUAUGUAGUUAUGUAUUUCCAUAAAUAGUCAAAUAAUGGGAAUAUAUUCUACUAGCUCAUAUAUAAAGCAAUUAGGGAACAUAUAAAAUUAAAUUGUUUGAUUAGAUGCCGAUUGGGUCCGGUCAAAGGUUUUUGUCUGACUCGGUCCAGUCAGAUUGUUUGUUUUGCAUUUGAUCCGGUCCAUAUCUCUGACUUGGUCCGCUAAUAGUUGCUGAUUAAGUCCGUAAAAAAAAAGAGCUGACCGAGUAAAAUCAUUUGUUUGCCCUUCUCCUCCCAAAAUAUGCGUAAUCCUUCGCAGCUCUUCUUCCCCGUCGCCAAAGAACGAACGCAAGGACAGCUAGCUCCACCGCUUCCUCCUCAAACUCCGGCCUCCUCCUCCAGCAUCGUCCUCCAUCGCAAUCGUCGUCUCCGGCCUCCUUCACCAUGCAAGACGAUGUGGUUAUGAUUUACAAUAGUAAAUGGAAGCAUUAAUUGAGUUUAAAGUCAAAGAAGUUUGGAUGGUCAAAAUUGGAGUUCCAUCCUUAACAAUCAAUCGGGAAGUUAGUAAAGGAAAUUCAAAGGCGUUCAAAAUCGAUAUGUUUUAUUGUAUAUGGAUUAUGAGCUUUAUUGUAUAUGGAUUAUGAAGUAUGGGGUUGAUGAUAAUAGCUUGAGAAAGAAUGGGAAGAAGGAAAAAAGAACAAUUUUGUACAUACGGAAUAUGUGUGUAGAUUUUCAAAUUUAUACCUUAAAAUGUUGUGUAUUAUAUCGAUACUUUUGGAUUUUAUAUGCUAUUUUAUUUAAGGGUAAUAUAGUUAAUUUUUUUUUACUGUA